AUGGUUGACUUACGUAAAGUAAUGUUUGCAGCAGUGCUUAUGGCACUUGCUGUUGUUGCUAUUCAAGGUGACUCAGAAGAGUCUAACACUCCAUCCAGUACUUCGCCACUAGAACGUGCUGUUUGGUGCCGUACUCGUAAUAAUACGUAUCUUGCUCUUGGUGCAACAUAUAUGCAAUCCGUAUGCACAAUGUGCACAUGCACAAAAUCACGUGCUAUUCGUUGUUCAAGACUACAAUGCAUGCCAACAUACUGUGUCGAUGGCUCAGCUCCAACUCGUCAAUCUGACCAAUGCUGUACUCAAUGUGCAUAUUACCAAAGUUUUGCCAAUCAAACUACUUGCGUGAGCAACGGCAUAACUUAUCCACAUGGUGUACUUCUUAAAUCCGUAGAAAAUAAAAUGAAUUGUUGGUGUCAAAUGGGUAAUAUUGAAUGCCGUAGUUAUGGUUUUGGAAUUAUGCAGACUUUGGAUAUGUUGAGCGAUACGGCAUCGGUCUAUAUCGUUGUUAUGAUUAUAAUGAUUAUUCUGGUUGUUGGCCUUUUAUUAUGUUGUAGUUGUACAUUAUUCUCUUAUUAUUAUUAUCAGCGUUAUCAACAAAAAAUGCAACAACAAUAUAAUGAAUAUGUAAAUUCAGCUGGAUGGCAACCGAUGGAUGACGGGGAACAAAAUGCAGCUGAUAUGAGUGCAGAAGAGAAACGAAUUGAAGCAGAAAAAUUCCAAGCUACACCCGGUAUCACUGAAAUGGCUCCUCCACUGUAUGGCGUCUAUAAUAAUUCAUUUGUUCAUGCCGCUGAACAAAAACAACACUAA